ACUUGCAGCCAUUUUCUGCUCUUUGUGUGGGGUGGAUUAGCAGCACUGGGUAGGUACUGGGCGAAACUAGAGCAUCAAUCGACACAGAAGGCGAGAGGAAAAAAAACAGCAAACACUGGACCGCCGUCGCAGAUCGCGACACCGUCCGCCCGUCUUCGUGUGCCGCCGGACGGACAUGCAAUUUACAGGUAUGUGUCUUUUCGCAGCAGCGAUGGAUGGAGCCGCAGCGCUACAGAUGAUGUGCGCUGGGUAGUGAUGAUGGCUGGAGACUGGAGAGCUGUUUUUUCUCCCUCUCUCCCCCUCUCUCUCGUUCCUCCUCGCCCCGUGCAUCAUUCCCGUUACUUUCCUACUCGUGCACAUCUAAGGUUAAAGAGUGGGAAAAAUCGCCCCUAAAGUGUUGCAGGACUAGGCUUCCCGGUUUUCGCGGAUUAUUCUGACACAUGAAUGGGAUCCCCGUUAGCUUGCAUCGGCAUCGUAGCUCACGCUGAGAUGGGUGGGGUGAGGAGAGGGUGGCCGUGUAGCAAGUGCACGCUGAUGACGGAUGGAUGAAGGAAAACUGGGCGAUUUUUAGACCGCAUAUUGAAUUUUCUCCGUUUGGAGAAAAGAGAUAUCCGAUAUGUUGGGGAAGUGGGUGAAAUUGACGCCUCACUCGGCUCCAUUUCCCCUUAUUUUCGCUCUUCUUUGCCGGUUUUUUCGCUCCGGUAUCGCCGCUUUGACCCAUCCGGCCAGCAGGGCACGGCAUGUAAAUGAGAGCAGGCGAUGUGCACAGUUAAAUGGACAUUUUCACAGCUAUCACAGCUGCAGGCAGACGGGCCUGUUCAUGAUGAAAUACGAAUGACAGGUUCACCUACUUCCGUUUCACACUCAUGUCUCAAACACCGCAGUUUCAUUUUGUGUCUAUCUCUCCAUCACAUUUUCAUUCAUCCAUGUGAUAAUUAGGAGAGGAAUCAUGGGUAUGCUGCUGCUGUUGCACACCGUCUCAGUUGUAAAUCUCUGUGCCAGCCCCUCACCAACAGUGAUGUAAUGAUGAGGCUAUGCUGUUUCUCAUAUUGACCCACCACACCAAAAGAAAAAACCACUAGAACAGGCCACUUCUCUUCUUUAAGGCCAGUUUAAUGCUCUCAUUGCUUUACUUUUUCAUUUUCAUACUUAAAUACAAACAAGGAAAAAUCUUAAACAUGUGAAUGAAAAGGAGCAGAAAGAAGAAGACUCUUAUAAGGUUUGCCUAUAUAUAAACCCAUAUCCAUACUAAUCAACGAAACACAAAUACAAAUAAACAAGAGCUGCAGGCCAACAUGCCUUUUUACAGUUACAACCCACAAAAUGAAAAGAAAAGACGACGUUAAUUCACUUUUUUUCACAAAACAAACAGACCAAGACUUGAAUUAACAUAUUUCCCUGUAUUUGCUCAACAUACUGGCUUUGACGCUUUUUUUGAAGAUAAAAUUUGAUUUAGCUUCUUUGGUUUUUUUUUGUUUAGAUUGUUCCACAAACUUAUUCCUCUCACUGUAACGCAGCGCUCCUUCAGUUUAGUUCUGAAUCUUGACUUUGUAAGUAUUUCAAAUCCUUUUAAAUUAUGGCAACUUUUUCUUUUUUCAAAUCGGCUCUGGAUGAUGACUGGUAAAAUGUCCCUACAAGCUUUAUGCAACAUACUGAAAUCUACCAACUCACUGAAUUUCAACAACAACUUUACAACCAAACACCGCAAUUCCCUACACCCACUAUUCAUUUAUCAUUUAUUUGUAAGAUAACUAAUCCAACUUUAAAGAGAAACAGCAUACAGCUGUAAUAAAAAAUGGGGCAGAUAUUCAACAAAAGUGUUAUAUUAGAGGUGUCUGGAUCAUUGGUUUUAGGUAAAACUCAACUUUCUCUUAGGAAUAAUGUUGUCGAAUUUAGGAGUAAAUCAUUAAAAAUGAAAUAGUUGUGGCUUGUUUUUAUAUUUGGUAUUAAGUUGGAAAAUUUGGAUUUUAAAUAUGAGGAUUUCCCUUCUUCAUCCUGAUAUGUUUUUAAAACCAUCAUUUUAGAUAUUUUUGACUGCAGGUUAGAGAAAAUUAGACAUCUGAACACUUUGGCUUGGCUCUUAAGAAUUGGCUACCCAUUUGUAAUAGAUCAAACAUGAAAAAAAUUAUCCGGCGUACGUGACUAGCAGAAGUAAGAUGUUGGUAUCCCCAUGAUGUGGCUUUUUGAGUAGUCUUAAACUGCCCUGUAGAGAGCACAUAUUAAAAAAGACCACAAUAGUGUAGGAAGUGUAGUGUUUCUAUCACCAGUACAAUUCACUAAAAAUUGGUUGCCCUUUACUAGUGUUUUGUUUUUUAUCUAGUUGAAGAAAAGGAUAGACAGACAGAAAUGACAUGCGUGUAGACGAGACAACACACAAACCAAAUAGCCAAAGAAAAGGGAAGUAGAGGUUAACAAUGUGGACAAACUGUGGCGCACAAAUCCAUUUGUAAGCAUAAGUUUAAUACUUCUCUCUCGAGUUUAGAGGCACGAGUUUUUGGUUUGAGUCUUGUUUACCAUUCUCUACCUGUUCUGCUUGGUCAUGUGAGUCCAGCUUCUGUUUCUUUUCCCCCCAUUGCAUAUUCAUGUGACGGUCAUUGUUGUCAGCCUAAAAGGAAAGUGUGACAUCAGGGGAUCAUGAGACGGCAGCAUUUUUACGGCGCUGGUCUCUGAAAUGACAAUCAGCUCGGCCUGUCAAAUACCUCAGUCAGCCAGAGUCCCCCCUGCACAUGAUAACACCAUGGGGACAACACUGAGGCUGCUGGAACACACAUCACACUGGUGUCUGUGUCAGUGUAUGUGUCGUAAAAGAUCAUGGGUAUAUGCGUGUCUAAAUGCGAAAAGAUUCCCCCUUUUUUUUUUUUUUUUCCCCGCUGAUCGGAUCUCAUCUCAUCGUGGGGAUGAAUAUAUAUUACAGAGCUAGCCUUGGGGGGAGAUUCCAUUGAGUGGCAUGACCCUGGAGAUGACACACUUUCUCUUACUCUGUGUUUCUCACAGACAAGAGGUAUUACACAAAGGCCUAGCUGCACAUAAUGAUACAAAUGAUAUAUCCUUUAUAUUCUAAAAUAUUUUUUCUCUUUCCUAUUCUGUACAUUUUUUUGUGUGUGUGUUAGUUUAGCUUUAAUUGGAGCCUGACCGACAUAAAAACUGACCAAAACUAUCAGGCAGAUCUGGAUUCGUAGCAGAAGAUCACAUGGAGGGUACUAGAAGCACUAAUAUCAGAUUUUCUUGAGAGAAGAGUACCCCACUGAGUACAUUUGCUUUUCUGGGAGUCCAACUAUUGUAUAGGGUUUGUGUAGUUGCCUUGUGUGGUCUCACUUGUGUAAAACAAGCCUCCAGCUAGGUUACCAAGUGUCCAAAAGGGAAUGAAGGGUCCUUUUGCUUUGUAAAGAUGCACACAUAAACACACACACUCAAACACACACACACACACACCAACUGUUGAACACAAUCGGGUACAGGGUGGGAAAGUUUAUUCAGCCAACCCAGGCCUCAGUCUGUGCCUGUAUUCUCAAGCACAGAUGGGAGUUUAGUAGCACUGGGCAUGUUUGUCAGUCAGACAGAAGCCCUUGCAGCAGGCUGCAUGUUCUGUAUGAGCUGAAUAAUCAGGCAAAUGUUGAAAUAAGCAGAUAGAUGGUUGUGCAGGAAACAGCUGUGGAGAGGAGAUGUGAAACAAGUCUUUUUUUAAAAUUAUACAUAACAAGGUAACACUACCACGCUGCUGUCUUUAGCGUACAAGAACAUCAAAGCUGCAUGUCUCUUACAAACCUGACUGAAGAAUCGCACCUCUCUUUAGAUUCAUAUACCUCCCCUCUAUCACUCAGUGUCUUUUUUACCUGCCUCUACACUGGGCUGUAAUUGACUGAAGCUUCAUCAGAAGUUUUAUGACUCAGCUGUUCUGUUUUGGCCCGGCUCUUGGCCUACCUCACUACAGAUGUAACUUUAGUGUCGCUUAAACAGUUGAAUGUGACAGGAAACUCCACCCCCCUUACCCCCACCCCUCUUUUUUCUCACUCCAUUUGCAGUCGUGUUGGUGUGCCUGCAAAUUUCGUGCAUGGCCAAUAGCGUGUGGAAGUCAGUGUAUGAUAUAAGCAUAUGUAGCACAUGCAGAAGAUUUCGUAAUGUUUCUUUCACUCAAACGUGACGAUCGCGCAGAGGAUUGAAAGCCUUGAAAAAACACCUGCCUCAGACACCUUUCCCUCUGAAUAUCUGGAUUUAAAUCUUAUAUUAGCUGAUCUUAUAUUCCUCCUAGCUACGUGGGUCUUAUCCCUCUUAGCUCUAGUUGAAGUCUUUGAAUAUUAAGCUGAUUAUCAGUUCUGCCAGCCCCGUCUGCCAGCUCAGACGUAAAACUCACAGAAGCACAUGACAAACCGGUAGGCUCCUAUACCCUGCUGUGGCUGGGCUGGUGUUUUGUGAUGAGGUGAAGGCACUGCAGUGGAUUGGCUGUCUCAAGGUAGUACAGUCAUCAUUGAGGUUGGGGUAUUUUGGUACCUUGUGUGUAAAUGGCUGAUGCUCAUAAUUAGAGCUAAGUUUGGUCUGUGGCUUAUUUACAGUAUAUUGAUAAUAUCACAUUGUUGAUGCUGUUUUCUUGUUUGGAUAAAAUGCCAAAUAUAAUAAUUACAAGUAAGAUAUAAUUACUGUCAUUCAGGGUGGGAUAAGAUUGCCCUUAUAAGUGCAGACAAUAUGCAUCGCUUAUGUGUUUGUAUAGUUUAAAUAGACAUCUAUAGACAGGCUCUGCUCUGUGAACACAUCUGCCAGUGAGUUCACUGUCUUUGCAAAAGUGAACUUUGUUAAAUGUCACUCACUGCCAGACCAGUCUUUGUCUCUCUCGGAUCAGUAAAAUUUUCAGGAAUAGGCAUUUCAAGAAUUAUUUCCUUCAAAACUGCCUGCAGUGAAAUAAAAAGGAACCACUGAACGAUCUGUCUUUCACAUCCUCUCUCUGAGUAGGGACGUGGUUUAAUAGUGGAGGAUACAGGUGCAGGGUUAACAUGCUGCUAAAGGGGUCUCGUAAGAGGAAGUGAAGUCGUCUAGACACGCAGAAAGACUUUGUUUUUCUUUUUUUCAUGCUUGUAUUUAUUUAUACGACUGUAUCGCCAUCUUAAUUUGAUCAAUUUAUGCUGCUCGCUUUAACCUUUGUAGACCCUUACUCAUCUCCCAUUUCCCCUGGCUAACUAUUUGAUUAGCUGUAUACAUGUAGCUAACACUUGUUCUUUAUACCUAAACUUAACUCUUAAUGCUAGCUAGUUAAAUAAUCACAUUUUUAGCUUACAAAUUCAACUCUGCUACUUUCUUUAGCUUUGUGCAUUUUAGGACCAAACUGUGUUAGAAGUCUGUGUCUUAAUAGGUGAUUAUUCAUUUUUUGAGAGUUUUAUUUUUGGUUAAAAUCAUCAGGCAAUAAACAAAAACUCUGUCGUUAAAUCACCCCUUCGUCUCUGCGUCUUGGUUUCUUCUAAUGUGUCCUCGUCUGUAUCAUUUUUUCAUCAUCCUGCUCUUCCUUUAUUUUUCUCAGACCGGGGUGUUGUGUGAGUGACGCCUUGUUACCAUGACGACCCACGUGACCCUGGAGGAUGCCCUGUCCAACGUGGACCUGCUGGAGGAGCUGCCCCUCCCCGACCAGCAGCCAUGUAUCGAACCCCCUCCCUCCUCCAUCAUGUACCAGGUACCGACACGUUCAUUCGCCAUCAUUCCCCGUGUGUGCUCACAGCUUCAGACACCGUCACUGUACCACUUUAAUCCAUCCCUCGCUCUCUCUGCAGGCUAAUUUUGACACCAACUUCGAGGACAGGAAUGCAUUUGUGACCGGCAUCGCCCGCUAUAUAGAGCAAGCCACAGUCCACUCCAGCAUGGUGAGGCAAAAGGAAAUGUGCAUGACUGUAAAACACACAAACUACACACAUCGUAUCAGUUUUUGCACUGGAGUGGCUGAAUAAGUUUUUUGUUGUCCAUCGUAAAUAGUUGCUGUUUCUCUUCCAGUGAACACAAAGCUGACUGUGGGGAGCAGCCUCACACCCUCAAAGGGAGCCUUGUUUUAUUGUGAAUUGAUUAUCAUUUGGCUCUUUUGUUAGGAUUUGGCUCAGGCCUUGGGCAAGACACACUAAAACACACACAAACACAGACACAGACACUCAUAUAGACACAUACUUCACUCACACGCUGCUGAAUCAGGGGGGGAUAUAGACCAGUAAACCUCUUUCCUCUCAUGGUGAAUGAAUGGAGAAUGUGAUCUGCCUGGCAAAGAGGGGAAGUAGUGCUUUAUUUAACCCCAUUAAAGCAGGAAGUCCCAUUGAGGCUGAAGCAGGUCUAUUUGAGGACACUCCUAUAUUCUGCCAGCACAACGGAGGAAUCUGUCUCAUCCAUUUUCUGAAUGGAAGACAUGUUUCCUUCUUUAAAUAUUUAUCAAGCUCCAUUCAAGCUGGAAUAUCUGAAAAGCCAUGAAACAUUUCCUUUUAAAAUAAAGAUUUAAAAAAAAUGUGCCACAUGCAAAUUAAAUGUCUAAACAAUCGUGGACAGGUUAUUUUGAGUUAUUUCUGGUGUACCAGCUGUAUAAAAAUCUUAUUCUUGUCUUCAUUUGUAUGCACUCUCUUACCCAUUUUUGCAAAGAGAAGCGUGCAAGUUGUAUUAUCUUUGUCUUUCCUUCUUGUUAAGAAUGAAUAAUAUCUGUUUGUGCAGAAUGAGAUGUUGGAGGAGGGACACGAGUACGCUGUGAUGCUCUACACUUGGAGAAGCUGCUCUCGAGCCAUUCCCCAGGUAACACACACUACAAAAACACUUACGCAUACGCACGCAAAAUAACUUCUUUUUGAGUGUUUGUUGUGAAAUUUGUCAAAUGAAUGAAUGAAAGUUAAGCGAGUCACUUGACUUGCACAAUACCAAUGCUGUUUGCACCUAUUUUAAGUGUUACGCAAUUAUUUACUGCAACACUGCCUUCCUUCUAUGCGAAUGACCCCAGUAUUAUGAAAGUUCACGAAAACCUAUGCUAGUGGCUGCACACGGUAGGUGUGGUUAUGUGAGCAUCUUCAAAGACUCAAGGACACUGAAGCACAGUUACACACAGGGUUACAAAGACUCGACUUCACAGUGAACACAACAAUAGCAGAUUAGAAUAGAAUAAUCUGUAAAUAAAGUCAAAAAGUAAUCAUAAAAAUACAGUUCAGUUAGACUAAUCAUUUGUAAUCAAGAGUAAAAUGAGUCCAGGGCUUUGGCAGAUCACUAUUCCAGAUGCUCGGGUGUCUGGGGUUAUUGUACAGUGUUUUUUUUUUUUUCACGGACAGCCUGCUCAGGUUUACUUUCUGGAGGAGAAAGCUGCAUAACAGACUUUGUAACUGGUAUCACAUCUGUCGAGUCUGGGGUUCACGAAAGCUGUUAAAAGAGCUACUUCCUCUCCCUCUGACAGCUGGAAUAUCAUUUGCCGAGUAUCGUUUGUAAAUUAAACUGCGGAAGAAAUGGUGAAGGCUUGUGUUUAGACCGCAGAUUUCUUAUUACAUUCACCUUCACAAGUUUAUCUUUGACGAGUAAAUUAGAUGUCACACAGCAUUGGAAACAUGUUGAGUGUAUGUAUCUCAGGUCUGCAGCGUCUAUUGCACAUUAUUUAAAAUUCUUAUCUAUGUGGACAGGUGCUACUGGUGCAGUAUACAAAUAAUAAAGAAACACUUGAGAUAUAAGAGAGAAAAAACACUUUUUUUAACCAUGCAUGAACCAGCUGAAUCCAACAAAAUGUACACUGAGCUUGCUGCUAAAUCACUCUGUACGGUGGCGCCCUCUUGUGUUUGCUAGGUGAAAUGCAAUGAGCAGCCCAACAGAGUGGAGAUCUAUGAGAAGACUGUGGAAGUGUUGGAGCCUGAAGUGACCAAGCUCAUGAAGUUCAUGUAUUUUCAGGUAAAACUCAUCAGUUUUGUUUUUUUUUUAGUUACUGAAACCCCCCCUGACACAUGUUUAUCUUUACAUCUGGCUUUUUACAGAAGCAUUUGUGUCAUUAUAACUUCUUCUUCCUCAAAUGGUUUGCACAAGUGUCAUAAAUCUUCUUUCUUUGUCAUUUUCAGAGGAAAGCAAUAGAGCGUUUCUGUAGUGAGGUGAAGCGUCUGUGUCACGCUGAAAGGAGGAAGGACUUUGUGUCUGAGGCCUACCUGCUCACCCUGGGCAAAUUUAUUAAUAUGUUUGCGGUGCUGGAUGAACUGAAGAACAUGAAGUGUAGCGUGAAGAACGAUCACUCUGCCUACAAAAGGUAGCGACCCAUAAAUAAAGGAAUAGCAAGCAUAAAAGUAUUACACCCCAUCAGUGAAAGUGAGGGUCACGUUUUUCUCCUCCUUCUCCUUCAGAGCUGCUCAGUUUUUGAGGAAGAUGGCCGACCCUCAGUCCAUCCAGGAGUCUCAGAACCUCUCCAUGUUUUUAGCCAACCACAACAGGAUCACUCAGGUUGGUGCGCAGAUUUGAGUGCCUUCAGCGAAUGUGAAUUAAAAAGUAGCAACUUAGUGAGGACUUGGGUGGAAGCAGAUUAAUGUUUUCAGUGAAAUUUAAAUGUUGUGAUCCAAGGCUUCACUUUUUUUUCUGUGUAAGAGAUAAUUACUGUAAACUUCUCAAUGCACCUACAGGAAAUGACUUGCUGUAAAAAUUUUGCAAAUGGAUGACUCACAUUUUCGUGGUAUUUUGGUGGAGGUGUGACUUUGGGUGCAGUCUAAUCAGAAAGAUCUAAGGGGAGGGUUUAGUUAUUAACCAGAACAUUAACAUGUGACCUACUGAACAAAGAUGGAUUUAGGCUUCCAAGUAUUUUACUCUUUUUGGACUGAUAAUAAUUACAGGGAAAGGAAAUGGAGAUGAGGGUUUAUUUUCUCCCUCACAGUUCAUGUAAAAUGUGAGUAAUGCAGUACAGUGACAGACACUGACUAAGCAGUGUCCCCGUUUCAAAGUCCACAAAAAGUGUAGUUUAUAUUUUAUUUCUUUAUCCAAUCUAAUCCAAGUUUAUUUAUAAAGCACAUUUAAAAACAACAAAACAAAAAAAACAGGGGGACAUAGAUAGUUUAAUAAAAACAGGAUUCCCGUCACAGGUUUUUACUUCUUUUACCCCUUUUUUAUAUGGUAAGGAGCUUUUACUUAUCUUUACUAUAAUAUUAUUUUCUUGUUUUAGUCCAUCAGGUUUUACUCUGUCUUUUCACCAUUUUUAUUUCUAUUUUUAUCUCCAGUGUUUCCCAGAGGUAGCUCUUUCCUCACGUAAUGUCUCAGUGUCGGGCCAUGUCUCUCUAACAAUAUAUCUUAAAUUCUCACACUGUGUGCGGUUGUGCGUGUGUGGUUGAGGGUGUGGUUGUGGGUGGAAGGGUCGGGUUUUAUUGUCGUUAAUUAUGGUUUUUAGCCUCUGUGAGGCACAUUGAACCAGAUUUUUUUUGUAUGAAAAGUGCUAUAAGUUUAAUUUGAAUUUAAAAGGCCAAGUUCAAAGGCUAAGUAGUAAAAGUGUGUUUUCAAGUUUGAUUUAAAAACAGGCAGUGAGGGGGGCAGUCGGACAUGAAGAGGAAGAGCAUUUCAGAGCUUAGGUGCAGCAACGGAAAAAGCUCGGUCACCCCUGAACUUCAAUCUUGACCUAGGGACAGUCAGAAGACACUGAUCAGUUAAUCUGAGAGUUCGAGAUAAAAUACAGGGUUAUAAAAGGUCAGAGGGAUAAGAAGGAGCAACCCCGUUUGAAGAUUUAGAAGUUCAUAACAAAAUUUUAAAAUCAAUCCUAAAAAGCACAGGAAGCCAGUGAAGAGAGGGUAAAAUGGGGGAGAUGUGAUUGAAAUGAAUACAAAGUCAUGCAGUCAAAGGUUUCCAUGUUUCUCUUAUAUGAGUGGUGAAAGAGUAGAUCAUGUUCCUGUUAAUGAACCGAUCCAGCACUGACUUGUUGUUUUUUCUCUGUAGUGCCUGCAUCAACAGUUGGAGGUGAUUCCUGGCUAUGAGGAGCUCUUGGCAGACAUUGUCAACAUCUGUGUAGAUUAUUAUGAGAACAAGAUGUAUUUGACACCCAGCGAGAAACACAUGCUGCUUAAGGUGAACACAUUUGUACUCCUCCCCUGCUGGUAACUGAAAACAUCCACAGUGUGGUCUGUCUGCUGGCUGAAUAAAUGUUUUUUUUGCUGAUGUAAAUCAAAUCCUCUCUCUCUCUCUCUUUCUUUCUUUCUUUUUUUUUAGGUGAUGGGAUUUGGUUUGUACCUGAUGGAUGGAAAUGUGAGUAACAUCUACAAACUAGACGCCAAAAAGAGGAUCAACCUGAGCAAAAUCGACAAGUUCUUCAAAGUAAGUCCUUUCCCUCUUCAGCAGCUCUUUUAUGAAGAAUUGUCUUUGUGUGCAUGAUCCGACUGGGAGCCUUUCUUUUCCUGCGCUUUUCAGCUUCAAGUGGUGCCGCUGUUUGGAGACAUGCAGAUAGAGCUGUCACGCUACAUCGAGACGAGCGCUCACUAUGAAGAAAAUAAGUCCAAGUAAGAGGACCUGUCUAGCCGUCUAUUUUAGUCAUUCACAAAAACACUCCGCUAUUUAUGACCACUAAACCAUCUGCUCGCCCAAUCUCAGCUUCCCAUAUUCCUCUAUUUUGUGCCCAGGUGGACGUGCACCCAGAGCAGCAUCUCGCCGCAGUACAACCUGUGUGAGCAGAUGGUGCAGAUAAGAGAGGACCACAUCCGUUUCAUCUCGGAGCUGGCACGCUACAGCAACAGCGAGGUGGUGACGGGCUCGGGCUUGGACAGCCAGAAGUCAGAUGAGGAGUACAGAGAGCUGUUCGACCUGGCUCUGAGGGGCCUGCAGCUGCUGUCCAAGUGGAGCACGCACGUCAUGGAAGUUGUGAGUGAAACGCUUGAUAGGCUGAUUUUUGUGUGUGAGUGAGUGUGUGUGCAGGGAUUAAACAUUUGUUUGGCUGUUAUUUUGUGUGGGCUCAGGUAUGAAAAUGUGUGGGUGCUUUUUUUUGUGUGUUUAAUACUGUGGCUUUGAUCUAUUUAAAGCUCUCUUUGUUUCUUUCAGUACUCGUGGAAGCUUGUCCAUCCCACGGAUAAAUUCUGUAACAAGGACUGCCCCGGCACUGCUGAGGAGUACGAGAGAGCCACGCGUUACAAUUACACCAGUGAGGAGAAAUUUGCCCUGGUGGAAGUUAUCGCCAUGAUCAAGGGUCUGCAGGUGAGACACCCAUGAUCAGCUUAUGGAGUGUUUUUUAUUGAUAGUCACCCUGUGAGCGACAUAUAUUUAAGGUGUUCCUCAGGGUGGGGUGAGAAUAGGGCUGGGAGGAUAACAAAUUUUGCUGGACAAUAUAUUGUCCCACAAAAUAUUGACAAUAAACAAUAUUAUUUUUGGCCUUAUUGAGACCAAAAUAAUCACUUAUGUAAUGUUAAUGUAUCGCAUAUUUUCUGGAGGGCAGAUUCGUAUUGUCGGUCAAAAGUUUGUAUCAUUACUUGAAAUGCUGGCUUUUCAACUAUACUAAAUGGCAGCAUUUCUUUGGCAAUGUAGCGAACUACACUUUAUCUGAGCGCACACCAUUUUGCGCUCAGUCGUCCAAACGCUUCAGUAAGCGUUGACUGUCAGGCCAACAGCUCUGCAUCUCGGGGUGCAGUAUUUUUCAACCGGGUGUUUGAGGUGGGCAUGCAAGUUUAGUUGUGUUGCCUUUUUUUUUGUCGCUACCAUUUUUAAACAAAGCCGGCAUACUGGCUCGUCUGUGUUGAUGGUCCCACCGUGCUCAUUUGGCUUGAAGUCGAAUUUCCCACACCGGGGCUGUGGCAUUUGGCUUAGCAAUAAGCUCCUCUGUGCUCCUCAUGACGCUAACUUGCUCCGGUCUGUGUGUGUGUGUGUGUGUGUGUGUGUGUGCUUGCGGCUCCACCUCCCCCUAUAAAUACUAAGAUCCUGAAUGACUGACAAGCUGGUUCACUCUCUUCAUUUUAUUCCGCAAAGGCACAAACGCACCCAGCUGCUGAGACCGAUACACAGAGUGAACUCUCUUGUCAUUCAGCGUGUUUGGAGGUCGAGACGAGGAAUACAAAUACACACAUGCACAUAGCAAUGUAUUGUGGCCGGAAAAAAUAUUGAGUUCAUUUGAUUUGAUUUAUUGAUUAUCGUCCCAGGCCUAGGUGGUCAUUUGAUAUCUAGCCAUAGACUUGUUUUAUCCUAUUUCAGAUUUAGAUAAUAGAUUUUACAGUCAGGAAGAAAAGAUUAAUUUUGUUAUUUCAUGUGAAAACUCUACAUCAAGUACAAAUGAUUAUGCAGAGCUAUUAAUUUCAUAAUCUGAAAACUAUUGAGGGGAUAUUUCUUAAAUGUACUAAGGAUGAACUUUUGAUUUACAGUGUGAGAUAAGUCCUUGAUGAUCAUUAGUGCUGGUUCCUGAUAAUGAGGAUGAUUGUUGUGCUUUGUAUUACACUGUGUAGGUUCUAAUGGGCCGAAUGGAGUCAGUGUUCAACCAAGCUAUUAGGAACACCAUCUACGCAGCCCUGCAGGACUUUGCCCAGAUGACCCUCAGAGAGCCUUUGCGCCAGGCUGUACGCAAGAAGAAGAAUGUCCUCAUCAGGUACACACACACUAUAUUACAAUCACAUUUACCUGAUUAUUCACACGUGUUUCCCUCUGAAAACCUUCUCUCUCUAUCUCGCUGCUGUUUUUGUCUGCAGUGUUCUUCAGGCUAUUCGAAAGACAGUCUGUGACUGGGAGGGGGCGAGGGAACCGCCAAACGACCCCUGUCUGAGGGGGGAGAAGGACCCGAAAGGUGGAUUUGACAUUAAAGUGCCACGCAGGGCUGUAGGACCCUCAAGCACACAGGUUAGGCAUAACAUGUGACAUAUAACACAUAUUACAUAAUAAUCCGACUGGCAGAGAAGGAAACAAAUGACUAACACCAGGGUGUGAUGACAUUGGGAGGAAGAAGGGUCGGACUAUGCAACACCUGGAAGUGCUUGCAGUAGUCAGUCACCAGGUUGCUGCUAUUUCCCUUCAACAUUUCUCAUUUUUGUUGGUCUGUCAUGGAGCUCCCUUGACAUAAAUGCAGCGAUGUUGUUGCCAGAGCUGGACUAAUAUCCCCCUGUCUCAUAGUUUCAUCUCCCAGCACUGACUUCAUUGUUCUGCUUUAGCUUCAACAUUUUUGUCCGUUUAUAUUUGUGAGUUUGCAACGUUCUGCACUCUCAUUGAUUGAUAUGACUGAUGCAACAGAACAAACGAACACAAGAUAAAUAGAUUUUAACAGACUCAGACAUGCUACGUCAUAAUCGUGCAGACAUUUUCGCACAAGUUACUGCAGGUCAGGUUAUUACAAUAAUACAGUUGUUUCACUUCAUUUCUCUUUGAGCCACUAAAAGCAAACAAUAAAAAAAGGAUGAUUAUUUCUUUAUUGUCACCUUUAAUUCCCGACACAGCUGCAGUUGAGUAGGUGUCAGACUAGGUGGCUGAUAUUGCUAAAUCAUCCUCCGUGUUGUUCACAACAACUAUUUACAGUAAGAGUACAGAGAUUUAUUGAAAGAAAGCAGGAUAUACACGUUAAGAAAAGAAAUAAGCAAAGAGAAGAGAGAUUCAGCCUUGUUCACUUUUGGCACUCAUAAUGAGAAACUAACUUAAAGUUCCACCAGGGGCGUUAAAUGAUCCUGCCAUUUGCCAUUCAUGCACAUCUACUGAGUGCAAAUAUGAAACGAGUUCUUAAUAAUGAUGGCCACUACAGCAGCCUCUAAUAAGCCCUGAGUGUAAAUGCCUCAAUGACUCAACUAAAAAAAAAAAAAAAAAAACUUCACAUAUUAGCUUCAAUAAGCUCCAAGAAGCUGGAAGAGAAAAGAGGAGAGAAGCUGCUGGUUGUAUAAAAAGUGUUAGGGAAAGAAAUCUUAAAACUGAUAGCAUUAGUAAAAAAGGGAUUUAUCAUUUGACAGGAAAUGUGAGGGCACAGUAACACUUAGUAGAUGCUGUAGCUAAGCAACGCUCCUGCUCCAUCAUGUUUGCAUGUCAAAGAAAAAGAGACAGAGCAGAUUGGAUGAUAAGAAUGAGCGAAACUAACAUGUAACACAGUUUGUGGAUCCGAAGGACUCUAGUUGAAGUGUUUUCUGUAACUUCCAGCACCGAGAGUAAAACUGUUGCAAAUACCCAGCCUGAAAUUUUGUGGGCAUUUUCUCUAUUUUUGGUUCUCUACACAGGUUUGUGAAUGGCCUCUAUCUUCUGCUGUUCAACUGAACGUCUUCUUCCCUUUACUCUCUCCUCUGUAGCUGUACAUGGUGCGCACCAUGUUGGAAUCAUUGAUAGCAGAUAAGAGCGGAUCCAAGAAGACUCUCCGCAGCAGCCUGGAUGGACCCAUAGUGGUUGCUAUCGAGGAUUUCCACAAACAUUCCUUCUUCUUCACACACCUGCUCAACUUCAGUGGUGAGUGGAUCAAACCGAGACCACUCUUGUGGAAAAAAAAAGACAUUUUCAGCUGAGUUGCAUUACGCUUAAAUUUGUAGAUAUUUGAAGUAUUUCCUUCGUCUGUGCAGAGGCCCUGCAGCAGUGCUGUGACCUCUCCCAGCUGUGGUUCAGGGAGUUCUUCCUGGAGCUGACCAUGGGACGUAGAAUUCAGUUCCCCAUCGAGAUGUCUAUGCCCUGGAUCCUCACAGACCACAUCCUGGAGACCAAGGAGCCUUCUAUGAUGGAGUAAGACAAACCAAAUCUAGUGACAAACUCGGCUUAAUUUUGUACUUUGAGACUGUAUUGUAACUAUCACUCUCCUUCCUUCAGGUAUGUGCUGUAUCCUCUAGACCUGUAUAAUGACAGCGGCUACUACGCUCUCACGAAGUUCAAGAAACAGUUCCUGUACGAUGAAAUCGAGGCUGAGGUAAAGUUGAAAGUCUGUAAUUGAAACUCAGUAAUCUGUUUUAGCGGUUUAUCCUCACAAACAUAACUUUCAUGUGUUUUUUCUCGCUCUCAGGUGAACCUCUGCUUUGACCAGUUUGUCUACAAAUUAGCAGAUCAGAUAUUUGCAUAUUACAAAGCAAUGGCUGGAAGGUAAGAGACACGAUCUAACUUUUACUGCUUCACACGUUACUUCAUUACACUUUUAGUUAAAUGUGCAUAGCAGCACUCUAGAAAAUUAAGCUGAUAAAUCAUGUGUUUCUCAGCGUCCUCCUGGACAAGCGUUUCCGAGCAGAGUGUAAAAACUACGGCGUCAUCAUCCCGUAUCCUCCAUCAAACCGCUAUGAGACACUGCUCAAACAGAGACACGUACAGGUGAGUCAGACGUGAACACAGUCCUCUCAUCCAGAGAAUCAUGGAAACUUUGCAUUUUGUUUCUCGUUGUUUCUCGCACUUUUCUGAAUGACAUUCUUGGGUUUUUUCAGCUGCUGGGUCGCUCAAUUGACCUGAACCGCCUGAUCACUCAGAGGAUCUCUGCAGCUAUGUACAAGUCCCUGGACCACGCCAUCAGCCGCUUCGAGAGCGAGGACCUCACAUCCAUCGUGGUAAGGUCACCCACCAGGGAUACAUGCACCAAAUCAAACAGAGAUUUAUAUCCUCAACCAACCUUCACACCUUUCCUUCACUGACAGGAGUUGGAGUGGCUCCUGGAGAUCAACAGACUAACCCACCGGCUCUUGUCUAAGCACAUGACCCUGGACAGCUUUGACGCCAUGUUCCGUGAGGCCAACCACAAUGUCUCUGCUCCCUACGGGCGGAUCACACUCCACGUCUUCUGGGAACUGAACUUCGAUUUUCUCCCAAACUACUGCUACAACGGGUCCACAAACCGGUCAGUCUGGUGUCGUUCUUUAGUGGAAUCACCUUUAUUAGGACUCUUUUGAGAACUUUGUGAUCCAAACAUCGUUUCCUUUUCAGCUUCGUACGCACAGCCAUCCCCUUCACCCAGGAGCCUCAAAGAGACAAGCCAGCCAAUGUGCAGCCUUACUACCUAUACGGGUCCAAGGUAUGGCUCUAACUCAUCAUGACUCGUGUUUAAUGUAACGAUGAAGCUCCUCCGUAAAUCUUGAAGCGGCAUCAAGUAAACUGCUGUCCCUGGUUAACACUCUUUCUCUGCCUUUUUCACUCUUUUCAGCCUCUGAACAUUGCCUACUCCCACAUAUACAGCUCCUACAGGAACUUUGUUGGCCCGCCUCACUUCAAGACCAUCUGCCGUCUCCUUGGUUACCAAGGCAUCGCGGUCGUGAUGGAGGAGCUGCUGAAGAUUGUCAAGAGCUUGGUAUUUAUCUUCAUUUUGAGUUGCAUCCCUGAAAUCACAUUUCCUUCCUUCCUCCAGCGGGCUGCAUUCUCACACUGAAAUCUUUUUGUUCCCUCUUUGUGCCCUCUCUUCCUCUCCGCCUGCUGCACCCUAUUCAUCUUUCCCAUCGCUUUGCAGUUGCAGGGCACCAUACUGCAGUACGUAAAAACACUGAUAGAAGUCAUGCCUAAGAUCUGCCGCCUUCCUCGCCAUGAGUAUGGCUCUCCAGGUGAGUUUGUAACCUCCACUGUUACAAGGAAAAGAGAGAGGGCAUGUGAGGUUUGUCUUUAAACAUUCAAGUGUCAAAUGAUUGUUUAUUUCUUUUAAAUGCAAAGAGAAGUAGAAGAGGUGGUGGUGAGGGGUAACAAGUUAUCAAUCUCUUAACUACAUAUGCCCCAUGAUAAUAAAAACAACUUAAUAAAUAUGGAGCAGGAUGCUUGGUCAUAUUUGCCUGAGUUUGAUCUUGCAUGUAGUCACUGCUCUCUGCAUUUAACAGAAAAUGAAGUACCAUCACUUCUAAGCCCUUUCCAGGUGAGUUAAAUAAAAUCGUUGCCCAUAAGAAGUUCAAAGACGGGCUUUAAAUUCCUUCUGGCACUACAGAUGUCUCGGGAUAAUAGGAUUAUAAGCCUGACCCGAAAUCUACCUUCUCUAUAAAAAUAAUGUUCUCCUGGUUUAUUCCACUUUAUUCUUCAAAGUAAGAGAGAAUGUUUUAUCACUGCCUCAUGACAGCAUGCUGCAACUCCAUUUAACAGAAGCUUUUAUCCCAAGUGGUGAUUAUAUGAUCAAGUCUGUCAGUUUGCUGAUAUUUCAGUCAGUCAACCUUUUGGUCCAGACUCAAAUGCCACGAUGGAUUACAUUUAUUAGGUGUCUGCGACUCUCAGAGGAACUUUCCUGCCUCGUGUGGAUCCUCAUUUUUCUUUCAAGAAGAUUUGUUAUGACUUUGGUAAUUACUGCAAGAACUUGUCCAGUACUUGUUUUAAAGGUGCAGUGCGCUGUAUUUAUAUGAAUAGACUUUAGAUAUUCAACAGUCUUUCAGUAUUCUUAAGUAUGUUUUGAAUAAAGUUACCUGGAUAUGAAAAUUAUUUUGCGUUUGUUAACUACAAUUAGCUCUUUCUGUCUACAUAGGAGUGAGUCCUCUUCCAUAGAGGCUUUCAUGUUUCUACAGCAGCACAAAGCAGACAAACUAGUAACAUUUGCUUUUUUCUGUUUCGUGAGCAGCACUCAAUACAACAUGCAUCAGUUGAGAGAGGAAGAGACUGGUCGUUGUGCACAAAAGAAUUUAUAUUGAUAGACUCUUGACAGGAAAAAAAUGACAAAUAAAUUUGCAGAAGAACAGUUCAUGGUUAUAAAUACAGUUAACAUGAUUGAAGUGUGUUUUAAAAAGAGAAAUAAUUUUACAAUAUAUAAAUAUGCAGGAUUUAAUGAUACAUAAUUUCAUUCAUAAGUUCAAAUGGUGGUUAAAAAUGUUAAAAAUAUGCUAGAAUUUAUGUUUUCAUGUGAUUUUGGUAAGUGCUGAUAAAAAAGGUGUUCACCUUUAAGACAUAUGUGCACGAAAUGUUCUGUCGAUCUUCAACUAGGCAGUCGAGGCUUGGGAGUUAUAGAAGCAAACGGUUUUCUUACCUGCUCCUCCAAGACUAGUUACAACAAGUGUGUUAGCCAGCCACAUUCUUUGUAAUUUUGUGGAAUAAUACCUUUGGAUAUGAGAAAUAGGACUGAAGAUUUUUACUUUUUUUUUUCAACACAAAAAGCAUUUCCAGAGUGGAUUUUUGUUGAACUGUGUAGCUUGGCUAGCCACAGACACUGCCUGUGGAAGUAACCAAUUGCUAUCUUAGUGAGCCAUUGCAAGUUCUAAAGCAUUAAUCCAAACCUCUACAGACCUUCUUGUCCUUGGAGGCCACCGUUGCUGAACCAACAUAAGGAGUGAGCAGGGGGAGUGUUUCAAUCUAGAAUCAGAGCUCUCAAUAUGACUAAAUAUUCCUUUUUCCUUCACACUGUUUUUUUAAUUUUUGUUUUCUUUUGACAACAUGAGUGUAAAGUGACAUCCCUAUCAUCCACUGCUGAUCUUGUGUGCAACCUAGCAAUUAUUUUCUUGCUAACAUAUUAGAGAAAGGUUGUUAACAUUCAUAUAUGAUACAUAUUUCACAACAGCAUGCUGGUUUGAUCACGUCACAAGUUAAGAUGUCUAAAUGAUUCAUUUAUCACCUGCUGGUUGGAUUGAUUAAGUCUGCAAAAGGAGGAAAAUGUCUUUGAAUGAAUGUUAUGUAUAUAAAUUGUUCCAUCGAAUAUUUAAAGAGGGUUAUUUCCCAUCUGCUGUGCAUCACUGUGUCACCUCACUUGCCUCUGUCCGUUUUGGCCCGAUCUGUGUGUACAGAUUAGAGGCCAGUCAGAUGGUACAUCCUUAUGAGAAGCGUUUAGUUAAUCUGUAGAUUACUGAUGUUCUGUACUCAAGAGUUCUGUACCUGGCUUACUGCCCGUGAUCUUACUGUCAGUGGUUAAUGAUCCUCCUGUCGUCUGCUGCGAGGGCCUGAUGCUCGGGCUUAAUGUGGGUCAGGACAGCUGGGCAGACACGCUGACAUCAUCCUGAUUCAUCCAGGUGGCAAUAGAUAAUCAGUGACAUAAUGAAGUGUUAGAGGGCACAUUAGACUGCAGAAAUGAAGAGGGGAUUUGAAGUAGAGUUUCUGUUUGUUUUAAACCUAAAAUACACUUUGAGUGAGGCAUCAUGGGUGUUUUUUUUUUUUUUAUCCGUUCCAGGCAUCCUGGAGUUCUUCCACCAUCAGCUCAAGGACAUCAUUGAGUACGCUGAGCUGAAAACAGAUGUGUUUCAGAGCUUAAGGGAGGUGGGGAAUGCCAUCCUCUUCUGCCUGCUCAUUGAACAAGCUUUGGUAAGACACUUGAUCUACACACAAACACACACUGCACAUUUCCUUUCAAAUUUUAACACUCAUGUUCCACUUUAUCUCUCUCUUCUUUCAAUUUAUUGUGAUUUGCGUACUUCCUCGACAAAUAAUGUGUCCUCUGUUGUUUCCCUGAUUUUCAACGAUUUUACCUGUUAACUCCCUCUGUGGUUCCUGAGCAUGCUCAGUGAGCAGGGGCCAUUUUUUUACAACAACUGCCAUGUUUUUAUGGGUGUCCCUCGUGUGUGUUCAAUCCUUGAUGUUUUUUUUUUUUUUUUCUCUGAAACAAAACUCUACUUUUCAUUACAUGCUGGCAUCUUCCACAGGUGGUAAGGAUUCAGGGUUUAUCAUGGCUAUCACAGAGACAGAUUAUGUCUUUUUCUCUCUGAUAUCUUCUUGGUUUGGGGUUGCUGUUUUUUUUCUGUCUUCUUUCCUUUUGAAUAUGUAGGUUUGGCACACACUGUUUCACCUCCAACCAGUCAUGAAAGCAAAAAGAUGGGAUAAAUGUUUUUGUUGUACAAGUUAACUAAAUGAAACUAGUUCAUUCACAAAAAACACUCACAAAUAUCUGAGAUUGAAGCAGAUGUUUAAGCAGCUCAAUCUGAAGAGUAAAGUAAUACUCAUUCGGCUCCUGUGUAAGAGUAUUUUUUACAUGCUUGUCUUCUGUGGGAGAGGUGAUAAUCCACUGCUGGUUGUUUGUUGCCACAGUGUUGUGCUGAACUACAUAUUUCCUUCCAUGUUCUCUUCCAGUUCUGGCAUUUUUGAUGCCAUCUACAAAACACUACUCAGCUGUCACUCUUUCUACCAUUCUUGUCAGAUGGCACUUGCUUGUUUGCUUAUGCAUAUGUAUACAGAGUAUGUUUGUUUGGCAUGCCUGUAGGUUCGUGUGUGUGUGUUUCUCUUUUAUGAUUGCAUGGCAUUUUUUUCACUCGCCUUUUAGUGUCAGGUUGCUCCCUCUCUCUCCGUUUAGAUUGAUUAAUAGUAUGGUGUGUUGACUAACAAAACCAUUGCAACCCCCUUAGCAUUUAGACCUCAUGUAUGAAAGACACAGUAAACAUACUCACGUGUAACACAGACUAAUGAGACUUUGUCGAGGCAGUUGUAAACAUGACCUCAUGCUGCUAAACAAGAUUACAUGGGAUGUUGUGCUUAAGAAUGUGGCAAAUUAUCACCUGCUAAUUAUGGCCUCUCAUCAUGCCCUGAUAAACACCGCAACAAACAAAUUCACUCAUGUGUCCCUGCAUAAGCAGACUGUAACGUUGAGUAAUCUAUCAACCCAUCCCGUGUCUAUUUUGAUCUCUUUGAGUAUUCUAGACAUGCUGUAAAUGACGAACACAUUGCAGCAAUCUUGCAAGUCUCUUUCGAUUACCAUCCCCUCAUGGCUACCUGCAUGUUCCAUCAGGAUAUUUACAAGGUAAAGUGGGCGGUGCACUUGAAAUGACCCUGUGUUUUGUUUUGGUAUCUUAGUCACAGGAGGAAGUGUGCGACUUGCUCCAUGCCGCCCCCUUUCAGAAUAUUCUGCCAAGAGUCUAUAUCAAAGGUAAGGAAGAGGGAUACAGGCCGAUGCCAGUCGUGUUCCCAUUGAAAUACUUGUCAGUUUUGUGUAGUGUUCACAUUUCAUUGCUUAUUUUUUGUUUAAUAGAGGGAGAGCGUCUGGAGGUAAGGAUGAAAAGGCUGGAAGCGAAGUACGCCCCUCUCCACCUUGUGCCUCUUAUUGAGAGGUUGGGAACCCCACAGGUGAGUCAAACUUUUGUUUUGCGUAAUUUGUUUAAAUAUGCCCUCAACUUAGCUCUCUUCCUGCAGUAGCGCAUUUCAGUGGUGCAAAAGAUAAGUAAUCUUGCUGUCUUUUUUUAACCAGCAAAUUGCUAUUGCCCGUGAGGGGGACCUGCUGACCAAAGAGCGACUGUGCUGCGGCCUCUCCAUGUUCGAGGUCAUCCUAACGCGCAUUCGCAGUUUCCUACAAGAUGGGGUGUGGCGCGGGCCCCCGCCUACCAACGGUGUGAUGCAUGUUGAUGAAUGUAUGGAGUUCCACCGCCUGUGGAGUGCCAUGCAGUUUGUCUACUGCAUCCCUGUGGGCACACACGAGUUCACAGCAGAGUGAGUAGCACCCAGCUGGAGAUUUUGUGUACUUUAGGAGGUGUGUUUAUCUUGACCAGGUGCUCACUUGUACGCAGUCAAACACAAGCAUGUGACAUGAUUUAGAAUUAAAUCCUAGUGUGACAAUAUGAAAGACUGAUGAGUGCUUAAGAUUGAGGAGUUACAUCUCACAAAACCAAUAACCCACCCAUCCUUCAUUUUGUAAUCUUGUCAUGUAACUUGUGUUUUUUGUGUCGUGCCUGCCAGGCAGUGCUUUGGGGAUGGGCUGAACUGGGCCGGCUGUGCCAUCAUCGUGCUGUUGGGACAGCAGCGACGUUUCGACCUCUUCGACUUCUGCUACCAUCUGCUCAAAGUCCAAAGACAGGACGGCAAGGACGAGAUCAUCAAGAAUGUGGUGGGUAAACUGCCUCUGCUCCAUGUCGUCACAGAAAUGAACACAGUCCUCGAUAUUGUUUGACUCAAUCCUUUUCUGUUCUUUGUUCUCUGGCAGCCCCUGAAGAAGAUGGCAGACCGCAUUAGGAAAUAUCAGAUCCUAAACAAUGAGAUCUUUGCCAUCCUCAACAAGUACAUGAAGGCGGUGGAAACAGAUAGUUCCACUGUGGAGCAUGUUCGGUGUUUCCAACCUCCUAUACACCAAUCUUUAGCUACCACAUGUUGAAAAUGACCCUUUGAACGCGGUGCACACACACUGGCAAACACACAUAGCUGUGAUACUAAUUUCUGCUUCUCCUUGGUCUAGUGGAGGUCUGGAUCAGGCUUUAAGAAUUCAGAAAUUCACAAAUCUUCUCAAACUAUUCCUUUCUGUAAAGUGACUGUCUCUUAAUUCUCAAAGCCUCCUAGAAGUGGACCAGGCCAGAGGCAGAAGUGUAAAUUCACACCUUUUCUUUUUUAUUUUAUUAUCUGUGUGGCUUUCACUCAGACUCGUGCAUGCCUUUUUCUCCUCCCUCUGCUGCACACCUGUGGAUUGGACCACUGACUCAAUUGCCAAAAGAGCAUCACUGUCCUUCAAUCUGAGGCCACUUGUCCCAGCUAAAUGCCUUUUGAAUUUGCAAUCCAGCACUGGGACAAACUUAUAUCAAAGUUGUAAUGAGAUAAAAUUGAUGACACAAAUAACUUUCUUUCUAAAUCAAAUAAAGAUGUUUCAAGCGACACAUGGUGCUCUUUAGUGCUGCAACAGAACCAGCAUAGACACCAGUACACCUGUGCUACCAUCAUGACCCACAUGUUUUUUGUGAUUCAUUUCAACCUUUUACACUUAUUCUGAUAAUAAUCUGGCUUGCCCGUGUCCAUGAAACAUAGUGUCUAUAUUGAUGCACAUGAAAACUUCUUCCUUCUUCCUCUUCACCUGCUUGCUUUCAAAAGAACGGAGGUACAUUAGUGUCCUUGAUUUAGUUUUUAUUUAUCUUAGCCCUCACACAUCUGGUUUUCUUGCUCUCUUCUCGAACACAUUUUAAUUUGCUAACACUCUCUCUGUAAAUUUCACUGUUGAGCUAAGUGAAGUGUUGAUCGUUGUAAUUGUUCUUGUUUUUAAUUAUUAAUAUUUUUAAUUUUUACAUCCUUGGUAUACUUGCCUCUCUACUACUGGCUGGAAACCUCAUCAACUGUUUUAUUUUAUUUUUGUCUGCUGAAAAGAUUUUUAUAUUCUGUAAAUGGAAACAGUGAUAUUAUUUACAGUUUGAAGAAAAAACCUCUUCAUCUGGGUACACGUGUUUGCUUUUUCAAGAGUUUAAAAAACAAAAGAAACAAGAUUAGAAAAUACCUCUAGGUUGUAUAAAGACAGUGGUGUACUAGAUUAACCUGUUUUGAGUGUGAGUGGAUGAUGUUGGUCUUGCAGACCUAUACUGCACAUAAGUAAAAAAAACAACAAAAAUGUUGGCUGUAACUAAAGGGCAGUUUCCAUAAUAUAGUCAGUAUUUACUAUUGUUGGAUUUUUCUUUAGAUUUAGCAGUGUUAUCAAAAUAUGCAAAAAAUUGUCCCUAUUUUUUCUUAUAAAGGAAACAAAUAAAUAAUUGAGAGGUUACCCAUUUGAAACAGCCCUGUGAUCUUCUUUCUCUGCUCCGUUUUAAAUGAAGAAAGUUUUUUCUUUUCUUUUUUUUUAACUCCUGUGUCUUUUUAUCAUAUUUAUUCAACUUCAACGUUCAUUUAAAGGUUAAUCUAGUAAAAAUGAAGGUACCCAUGUAUCAUCUCAAAACCUUAGCAUGGCAAGUGUAAUUUAUUGUCAUCAAUGGCUCCAUUUGUGACAUGAGGCUUUGUUUAUGAUAUUGUUGUACAAGUGACCAUGUUUUGAAGUACAAAAAAAUGGAGAAAAAGAGUAUAACAUGUACAACAAUAGUCCUGAAGAGGAUUCAAAAUUAUGUUGUAUUUCCAUGAAAUAAAAAAAAAAUGUUGAACUGAAAAAAAA